AUGGCCUCCACGCCUACCCUGCGCCAAUUCAGCGCCUGUCUGAGAUGCGUGCGACAACUACCAGCCGCCAAUGGCACCCGUCGCCUCCUCUCCACCUCGGCAGUAGCUCGUGAAGAGGUGCAGACACAACCCACGAAUGCGACUCCACCACCACCGCCCUCAAACCCCUCGGAAGGCGCUGCACAGAAGACUGGCUCCCAAGAUGCCCCGGAAUACAUGCAGAAAUGGGGCACGCUAGACCCUCAGAUGGUGGAGAACAAGAAGCAGGAACGCCGAUUGCUGCGGAGAGAACAUGUGCAGCCGGUUGGAUCCCGUCGUCGCCGUGCCGUCCUUCGUCGAUCGACUUUGCAAAAGGCUGACGAGGUCCCAUUCGAACAGCUGCCCUACCAAUGUUUCCAGGAGGCGAGGAAGGUCUUGUUGGAAGACAGGCAGGAGAAGAUCAAGGAGAUCGAAACCCAGCAAGUGCGGAUAAAGAACUUGGAGGCCCAGGACGCAAGCAUCAGUGGAGGUCAGGCGGCAAAGGCGCAUAGAUUGCGGAGUAUGAGGAAACAUUUGGAAGAAUUGAUCAUUCUGGCCGACAUCAACGACCCGGUUGUGAAGCGGAAGUUUGAGGACGGACAGGGUAACAUGAACAAGCCCAUCUACCGCUAUCUUGCCGACCGGAAAUGGCGCCAAUUCAAGCGUCGUGUGUUGGAACAACGCAUCACACAACUUGCCAUCAUCCCGGAUCUCCUCCCAUCCCUUGACUUGGUCGCAGACAUCGACCUUGGUUUCGGACGAAAGCCAGUGGCACCUGGUGAUUUCGUAGAUUCCGCCAUCAGUGAGAAGAUGCCUCGUCUCAAUGUCCAGACCUUCACACCCGGUGAGAAGCUGGUCACUGUGGUGGUAGUAGACGCAGACGUACCAAUCCCAGAAAAGGACGGCUUUGCCUACCGAUGCCACUUCAUCGCCUCCAACAUUUCCAUUUCGCCAAGCAACACCUCGAUACCACUCCAGCGCAUCGCCCAAGAGGACCAAAAGACAGAAGACCCCAGUGCUAAAAGGAUCGCAUUGCCCUGGAUCGCACCUUGGGCCCACAAGGGAGCACCAUACCACCGCCUGGGCAUCUUUGUCUUUGAGCAGAACGAGGGUAAGGUACUCGAUGUUGCCAAGUUCAGCAAGACUCAGCGCAUGGGAUUCAACCUCCGCAGCUUCGCCGAUUCGAAUAGGUUGAGUGCAAUCACAGCUACGCUAUUCAGGACAAAGUGGGACGAGAGCAUGGCUGGCGUUAUGGAGCGCGCUGGUCUAAAGGACCAGAUUGCCGUAGAGUUCAAGAGGAAGAGAGUCGAGCCGUUGCCCUACAAGAGGCGCACUGAGCGCAUGCGCUGA